AGGCGGAGGUCGGGCCCAUGGGCGGGCCCCGCCGCUCCCGAAGGGGGCCUAUAUAAGUAGACUCGCUCGACGUUAUAACGCGAUCCAACACAAUCAACUUCUGCCUCAUCAACAACUAGACAUGCGUCCUACCGUGCUGUUUCUCUUGUUUUGCCUCGGCCUUGCGGUCGCCCAGCAUAAUCAACCGUAUCAAGUGACUACACCGGUACCUAUUUUAAAACAAAUAAACAAACACAACGAGGACGGUAGCUAUAGUUACGGUUUUGAAGCAGCGGACGGCUCGUACAAGAUCGAAUCCAAGUAUCCGACCGGCGAGGUUUACGGCAAGUAUGGCUUCGUGGACGACUCCGGAAAUUUACGCGAGAUCGAAUAUGGCGCGUCCAGACGCGGCUUCGAGCCGGUCGGUCCUGGGAUAAACGUGCCCCCGCCAACCUUGACCGGCAACAGCAUCGCCGGUGGCGGGAACGAGCCCGAGGAUGACGGACAGUACCGCGAAGAUCCGUCGAUCUAUCACACCGAUCCACGUUACACCAACGGAGAACGUUACGAAUCGGCGCCUAAACACAGGCAGCAACCGAUCACCUACAAUUCGCCGCAACAGAUCGCGCCGGCACCGGCACCGGUAGCUUACAAUCAGUUGAGAUAUAACGCGCCCAUCAAUUACAAGCCGGCGACGGUAAGCCCGCGGAUCCAGUCGGAAUAUCGACCUCAGUAUCAACCACAGUAUCAAGGUCAGCAGUUGCAAUCCACGUAUCCUUCACCUGCGAUACCGGCCGGUCCCCAAGGACAUUCCGCGACCAGUAUCGGCGUCAACGCCGGUUUAGCAUCUUACACAGUCAAUUAUAAACGAUAAGAAGAAAAAGAGAAAGUAAGAGAAAGAGAGAAUUAUAUCGUGUGUACAUAUGUCAUUGGUAAUCAAUAUUUUAAGAUUGUUAUUGUGUAAACGUUUAUUUAAUUAUUAAUAUUAUUAGAAUAUUUCGGCAACAAACUAACUUUUUUCAUGUUAAUUUAGCGAUAGAUAAUGGCACAGUUACAUUAGUAGAUAUCUAUGAUUAGUUUAAUUGUAUUUUGGAUUGUCCUUAUCUUUCAUCCUCGCGAGUUUCGAAUGAAACGAUACUUUCUACCUCUAUUUUCUGAUGUUUCCUCUACCUCUUUCGCUUCAAGAGAAUUUUUAUCUCUCUUAAUCAAUUAAUAAAUUAAAGCUCUUCUAUAAUUUAUUUGUCUUUAAUUUCAACUUACGUCUUUGCUUUUUCAUUUUUUUUUGCAAUGACAUCAGCAUAUUUAUGUAGCAUUUGUGGCUAUAUACGAAAGUUUUUCUAGCAUUACAUUUUUGCCCGUGUUACGUUCAAUAAGUAAUUUGAGAUUCGUCAACAGAUCGACAUAUUGCAAUCUUUUAUAUAUUUAAAUACAUGCAUGAUAUAAGUAUACAUAUGACACACGAACAUAUCGUGCAAUGUUAAGCGAGGCAAAACUGUAAAUAGAAUACAAUCUACGAUCCAAAAUUAAUUAAUAUCAAAAUCAAUAAUGCAUUUGAUGAUUUAAACGCGUCAUUGAACGAUUUACAUCGGCCUUGUAAUGAUAUUGAACAAUAUAUACAACCGAAUAAUAAUCACAAGUACUUGGUAAUAAAUUUCAAUUGCAUGUGCCAAGUGCAUACAGCGUUAACGGACCUCCCUAGGUUUUCUUAUUUAAUACUCUUAUUUGAAAACGCAGUUAACAUUUUUUUCCCCGCGUACAAGGAACGCCGUCGGGCUAUACUUGACACACCCAAGAAUUUUAUUCGUUGUGUAACUCUUAAAGACACCCGUACAUACCUUUGUAAUCAGUCCUUUCGAUUGUGCGCUAAAUAAAAAUCUGUAUGUAUCGUGAUGAACCAAA